GGAUGAGAAACAGGAAGUGAGGGGACAUCUGCAGCGGUCCUUCUGAAGGAGCAGAGGACACUCGUGUCCACAUCCUGCCACUGGCAUCAAGGAUGAAUGUUGGCAGUAGAGCUGGUUUCCUACAGGGUGUGGUGGCAGUGCCCCCAUUAUGGUGGUCCGUCCCAAUGUUGAUUUGUCUCCAGCUGCUUCAGUCGGACACCGUCCACACCACCGCAUGUCCGUCCCAGGCCUCGUCCCAAACAAACAGAUGUCUCUGUGCCUCAGACAUUGUCAGCUGCGCUGCCCUGGGUCUGGAGUGGGUCCCCGGUGAAAUGCCUGUCUCUGCAGUCACUCUGGACCUCAGCCACAACCGCAUCAGUCAGCUGAAGGGCGGGGCCUUCAGAGGACUUUCUCGACUAGAGACGAUACGAUUGGCUCACAACCGCCUGACCACCGUUCACCCCGGGGCAUUUCAGAACACCUCCGGGCCUCAGCUCCGCCACCUGGAUCUGUCAUCCAAUCAGCUGCGUGUUGUGGAGCAUCACUAUUUCCUGGAGCUGCCUGGAUUAGAGGAGCUGCUGCUGUUCAACAACAGGAUCGUGCAGGUGGAGAGUCAAGCUCUGUCUGGACUGAGAAACCUGCAGAGAGCGUACCUGAGCCACAACCGGCUCACUCACUUUCCCUUCUUCUCCAUCCAAGAGCAGAGCCACCCUCACCUGACCAUGUUGGACCUGUCCUCAAACCGCCUGCUCAAGCUGCCUCUGGAGGACAUAUCAAACCUGCCUCAGCUGGUCCAGAGAGGACUCUACCUUCACAACAACUCUCUGGAGUGUGAAUGUUCCAUGUUCAGACUGUUCCGGCACUGGGAGCAGCAGGGAUUUGUGUCGGUCAGGCACUUCAGACACGAGCACACCUGUCGGGUCUAUGGUUUACAGAAAGCCACGGUGCGCUUCUUCCAACACGAUCGCUACUUUAAAAAAUGUAACCUGAGUGCGGCGAGUACAGCGCUCGGCCAGCAGAGGACGCACAGCGUCUCAGUGAAGGAGGGGAAGGCAGCGCUGCUGCACUGUGUCACCGCCCUCAGCGGCCACAGUCUGACCUUUCUCUGGGUGUCGCCAAACCAGGAGUAUGUGGCACCGCCGGGGAACAAUGGCUCUUUGAAGAUGUUCACCAACGGCAGCCUGGAGAUCGUGGAGGCACGUGUGGAGGACGCCGGGGUGUACUGGUGCAUGGCACUGGACCAGCAGCAGCAACGCAACCAGACCAGUGAGGUCAACGUGACAGUAGCACAGCGCCACCAUGAGUCCCACCAGUUCAACACCGGGUUCACCACACUGCUGGGCUGCGUGGUCAGUCUGCUGCUCAUCCUCAUGUACCUCUACCUGACGCCGUGCCGCUGCUCUCACUGUGCCAAGGCCACACCCACUGCCAGCACAGAAAAUGAGGCCGGAGCAGGAAGUGCCAAAUCCUCCAUCCUCACCCCGAACCCACCCGCGACGACCGAGGGCCCGGGACACAAGGUCAGUACCAACAAGCAUGUGGUGUUUCUGGAGCCAAUCAGAGAGCAGCAGAAUGGCAAACUGAGGGCAGGGCCCGGUUCUGGGGCAGAGCAAGGACACGUGGGGCAUGGCUUACCACUAGAGGCGGAGUAACAACAGAAGCUCCAUGACCAGAAGGCAGGAGGGCCGGCCUCCUUCACGAACGUGUUCUCAGACACGCCCAUCAUGUUGCCAUAGAAACAGGAAAGACAGACUGACACCCUUGUUACUCAUUUAACUCCACCUCCUCCUAAACACCACCCCCUCCCCUUGUCCCGCCCCUCCCACCUGAUGACCCAGGUCUGCACACCAAACCACAGCCACGAACCGCUGCACUGUGACAGGGCGGACAGACGGGGGCGGUGCUUAGCAGAGAAAAAACAGACCAAAGAUACAGAGCCCCGCCUCCAGGUCUGUGGAGGAGCUGUUAGCAUGGACUGCUACUGAAACCUGACACACAGCGCUAUCCCUUUAAAGCACGGCUUAUACCUUUAACACUUAAACGCUGCGCUCACAAAAACACAGAAGAGGCUUUGAUGUUAGCACUGUUAGCACCAUGUCAUGUGACGUCUGUAGCAGAGGCGGAGAAAUGUUCAGAGUAAGGACAAACCAAUCAAAUCCUGCUAUGCAAAUAUUCCAGCACAGACACUAGCUCCUCCUCCACCCUGAUCACAUGAUUUGAGUUCUCAGACAAGAAUUUUCUUUUUCUUUUCAACAGCACAAGCCAAAGCUAACGCUUUAGCAACAUUAGCAACUCAAACAUGCUGGUGCAUUCACAACAAACACAAACUUCAUAUCAUCACGUAGCUUUGGUCGCGCAGGUUUAAAUGUUCGAGUCAGUGAGGCUAGCUGC